UGGGCUCCGGGCAGUGCCGGGCCGCGGGUACUCUCCGGAGCCCGUUGGGGCCGUUUCCUCUCCUCUGGCCCCGAGCGGCGCGCCGGCGGCAGCCGCUUCUUCCUCCUCGGCCUCGCUGCUCAGGCCUUUCUUAAAACUUCCCAUGUCUAAAUGGACUCCUGAAUGUAAUAUAGUUUAUACUCUAAAAGCGGAUAUGAAGAGUGAAGUUCCUUCUGAUGCACCAAAGAGACAAGAGAGCCUGAAGGGGAUCCUCUUGAACCCUGAGCCUAUUGGGGCAGCCAAAAGCUUCCCUGCGGAAGUGGAGAUGAUUGCCAGCAAAGUAGGGAAUGAGUUCUCUCACUUAUGCAGUGACUCUCAGAAGCAGAAGGAUAUGAAUGGCAACCGUACAGACCAAGACAAAAGUCUUGUGGUGCGAAAAAAGCGCAAGAGCCAGCAGGCUGGUCCUUCAUACACACAGAACUGUCCUGAUAAAGAAAACCAAGGAGUCUUGGGAUUGAGGCAGCAUCUAGAAACACAGAGUGAGGACAAUGACUCUUCUUUUAGUGACUGUAUCUCUUCGCCUUCAUCUAGCCUACAUUUUGGAGACUCUGACACAGUAACAUCUGAUGAAGAAAAAGAUGCUCCUGUAAGACACUCUCAGGCAGUGCUGAAUGCUGCGAGUAGAACUCACAGUGCAAGGUCACAAAAGUGGCCUCGGACUGAGGCAGAGUCUGUACCUGGAUUAUUAAUGAAAAGGCCCUGUUUUCACAGCAGUUCUUUAAGAAGACUUCCAUAUAGAAAGAGAUUUGUGAAAACCAGUUCCUCACAGCGGACGCAGAAUCAGAAGGAACGAAUUUUAAUGCAGAGGAAAAAAAGGGAGGUGUUAGCUCGAAGAAAGUAUGCUUUGCUACCCAGCUCUAGCAGUUCAAGUGAGAAUGAUCUCAGUAGUGAAUCUUCUUCUAGUUCAUCCACUGAAGGGGAGGAAGACCUAUUUGUGUCACCUGGUGAAAACCAGAACAAUACAGCUGUACCUUCAGGAAGUAUUGAUGAAGAUGUUGUGGUGAUUGAAGCAUCUUCCACACCCCAGGUCACUGCUAAUGAAGAAAUAAAUGUUACCUCAACAGAUAGUGAAGUGGAGAUUGUUACCGUUGGUGAGAGCUACAGGUCUCGUUCAACACUUGGACACUCAAGAUCACAGUGGGGACAGAGCUCUAGUACUCAUGCUGCACGGCCUCAAGAACAGCGGAACCGCAGCAGGAUUUCCACAGUCAUACAGCCACUGAGACAGAAUGCAGCAGAGGUUGUGGACCUUACAGUGGAUGAAGAUGAGCCAACAGUUGUGCCAACCACAUCAGCUAGAGUGGAGCCCCAGGUCGUGAGUUCUGCUUCCAGUAACAGUUCUAGUACGUCUACCUCAGAGCAGGCCUCUGAUGCAGCUCCAAACGUCUCCACCAGCCAGCCCUCUGCAGCACCAGAAACAACUUCUAGUCUUCCCAAUAGCAGCACUGCUGGUACUUCAGCUGGAGAUGAUACAAGAAGAACUGCACCUAAUACGACACUGGAAACUGGCCCUCCAGCCAUGCCAAGAUUACCAUCGUGCUGCCCUCAGCAUUCUCCAUGUGGAGGAUCUUCACAGAAUCAUCAUGCGCUGGGACAUCCACAUACAAGCUGCUUUCAGCAGCAUGGCCACCACUUUCAACAUCACCACCAUCACCACCACAACCCUCACCCAGCAGUUCCCUUGUCUCCUUCAUUCAGUGACUCCAGCUGCCCUGUUGAACGGCCUCCUCCGGUGCCUGCACCUUGUGGAGCAAGCAGCAGUUCUGGCACCAGUUACCAUGACCAGCAGGCAUUGCCAGUAGACUUAAGCAGCAAUGGUAUAAGAAGUCAUGGAAGUGGUGCUUUUCAUGGAACAUCUGCUUUUGACCCCUGCUGUCCUGGUUCUUCAUCUCGAACUGCAAUUUAUGGGCAUCAGACUGGUGCUGGCCCAAGCCAAUCGCUAACAAUAGAUGGAUAUGGAUCAAGUAUGGUUGCACAGCCACAGCCCCAACCUCCUCCUCAGGCAUCGCUUUCUUCCUGUCGGCAUUAUAUGCAUUCUCCUUAUGCUUCUUUGACCAGACCUCUUCACCAUCAAGCUUCUGCAUGUCCCCAUUCUCAUGGAAAUCCUCCUCCUCAGCCACAACCUCCACCUCAAGUAGAUUACGUUAUUCCUCAUCCAGUGCAUCCCUUCCAUCCUUCGAUCUCUUCUCAUACAUCUUCUCAUCCUGUUCCACCUCCACCACCAACUCAUCCUUUAGCCAAUGCAGCUGCUCCGAUUCCCCAGCAUCUUCCAGCAGCACACCAGGCUAUAUCCCAUCACAUCCCUGCGACAGCUCCUCCAGCACAGAGGCUUCAUGCUCAUGAAGUGAUCCAGAGGAUGGAGGUCCAGAGAAGAAGAAUGAUGCAACAUCCAACACGUGCUCAUGAACGACCUCCUCCGCAUCCUCACAGAAUGCACCCGAACUAUGGUCAUGGACAUCAUAUUCAUGUGCCUCAGACAAUGUCUUCCCAUCCUCGACAAGCUCCAGAGAGAUCUGCCUGGGAACUGGGAAUUGAAGCUGGUGUGACUGCAGCUACUUACCCUCCAGGGCCCUUGCAUCCUCACUUGGCCCACUACCACGCACCUCCUCGACUUCAUCACUUGCAAAUAGGGGCUCUUCCUCUAAUGGUACCAGACAUGGCGGGCUACCCUCACAUCCGUUACAUUUCAUCGGGAUUGGAUGGAACAUCAUUCAGAGGCCCUUUCAGGGGCAAUUUUGAGGAGCUGAUUCACUUGGAGGAACGAUUAGGCAAUGUGAAUCGUGGAGCGACACAGGGAACUAUAGAAAGAUGCACAUAUCCACAUAAAUACAAAAAGGUAACAACUGAUUGGUUCUCACAGAGGAAACUGCACUGCAAACAAGAUGGGGAGGAAGGAACAGAAGAAGACACAGAGGAAAAAUGCACCAUCUGCUUGUCUAUAUUGGAGGAAGGUGAAGAUGUGAGGCGACUUCCAUGUAUGCACCUUUUCCACCAAGUGUGUGUAGAUCAGUGGUUGAUUACUAAUAAGAAGUGCCCAAUUUGCAGAGUGGACAUUGAGGCCCAACUGCCUAGUGAAAGCUGACACCAUUUUCCAGAACUCUUGUCCUCCUUCUUGCUCCCUCUCAUCCUUCCUGGUACUGCAGUCAACCAAAGAUGGCAUGACUUACCUGCGCAGAUUUGGAAGCAUUGAACCUAAGAGUGCUGGCUCUGCUAUAUGGUACAACUAAUGCUAGACCUACAGUUUGUGUAGAAGACCGUUGAGUUUCAGUGUAUUUAUAAAAACUUUUUUUUAGGUUUUACUUUUUUUCUUUCGUUACUGUAUUUUUGCAUGGUUCCUUGUAUUGCAUUUGUUUGCACAUAUUAUGGGCUUUGUGACCCCAAACUUGCAGGCAAGAAUAGCUGCUUUAGUAAGUAGAAGUGUGUGGUCUCUUUUUUGGUUUGUUUUACAUAGUUUCAAGCUUUGAAAGUCUGAUUUCACUCAUUACUAACCUCAGAUUCCUUAAUUUAAUCAGUCACGUAUUUUAGUUUAAUGUAUAAAGAUCAUCUAGAAAAGGAUAAUAUUAUGUAUUGAGACAUUCCUUCACUAGGAAAAAAUGGCUGCUGUAUAUUUACAAUAUCAGUUCUGAGUCAAAUAACAUCUGUAACAGUGGGAACAGAAUAUGAACUAUAUUCAGUUUGAUACACAUGCAUACUCAUCACCAGAGUUUUUGUCUGAUCAGAUUUGUUCUAAAAUUUCAGCACAAUGCAGAUAUAUUUGAAUGUCAAUAUUGAACAUUUAGACUGCUGUUCAGAUUGUAUUUAUCAUUUUCUUCCUAUGUCUAGAAAUUUGAGUCCCUAACUUAAUAUUUGCUGCUGUGAAACAGCUCUAGUGAACACUAAAUGUUGAUUUCAGUUAGCUGGAUUGUAGAUACUUGCAGAUUGAAAAAAUAAAAAAAUAAUAAAAAAAAAUUCUUAGGGGUAUGGAAAAAGCUUAGAAUCUUUGGUCUCUUUCUGCUAACUUAAGUUGAGGUGUCUGUACACACUGAGGGUUUUUUGUUUGUUUUAAAUAUAAAACCAGUCAGGACUUAGAGCUGCAGGGUUUUUUUUGUUUCUCUUUUUUUUGGUUGGUUUUAUUUGGGGGGGGUUAGAUAUAUGUGCAUUGAUAGAACUUUUGAAGAUUCCAGGCUUGUCUUGGGAUUUUUAUUAGUUUUAAGGUUAAUAAAAUUAGCUAAAUUCAGCUGACUCUUGGUCUUUUUUUCAUUAGAAAAGUGAAAUCCUGUAAAUUUCUGUAGACAAAACUUACGUGGUUACCUAGUUUUACCUUGAUUAUAGAUUCCCUCUAUAAAUUACCAACAGUCCAUCACUGAUUAAAAUAUUUUCUAUAGUUAAGAUUUGCUGCAUAAUAUAGUAUAUAGAAUUAAGUUAUAAUGUACUAACAUUUUGCCUUUGGAGGAGGUUUUAAUCCACAUCAGGUCUCAAGUUGGUCAUCAACGUUCUUACACGUAUAAUAGAUUAUAGUUUAUUUAAAUGUGCUCAACAGAUGCUGAAAAUUGCAAAAACAUUGAGACAGUAUUGCUGUCACAUUAGAGAGGAUGUUCUUAGGGGAUCAUAUAUGAUGAACAUGUCAAUAAGCUUGCAUUAAGCUACCUGCUUUGUAAGUGGAUUGAAUAAUAAAUACCUUCAGUUUCUCUUGUCUUUGUCUUUCAUAAUCAGAUUAAGUGUAAUACAGUUUACAGUAACCUGGAAAAUGUUAUGUUUACACUAAAAAAGUGAUCCAUUUAUAAAUAUUACCUUAUCUAAUUUGAUGCUUGUUUUUUGUCUGGUUAAGGCUGCUUCCCCUCUGUCUUCCCCCCCCCCCCCCCCCUUUUUUUUUUUUUUUUUAACUCUCAUCUGUUAGGAGUAGCAUUUCCCAGUAUAGUGUUUAUUGCUGGCAACAAAAUUAACACCUCUGGCACUGAGGCAUUAAGUGGGAAGAAAUUUUAUUCCAGAAUGGGUGAUAAAUGGACAUUGUCAAAUUUAACUGCAUUGCUAAAACUGAACUUUAAACCACUUUGUAUAUGGGGGAUAUGGGAGAGAGGCAACACAUGAUUUGAGUGCUUCAAAACCUGGCAUGGUUCUAUGCUAAAACUUCUUGAACUUUGUGACUGUAGGAAGCUGUUGGAAAUUGAAGCUGCAUUGAUUAAAAAAUUAAGUAAACUGACUGGAAGGACUGAGCAGAAGAUGGUUCCUUUUCUUCAGUGGCUAUUGAAAAGGAGUGAAGUUACUUUUGAACACUGAUGCUCAAAGUCUGACAAUAAUAACUUUUUAAGAAGUUUCCAAGAAGGUACAUGAGAGGCAUGGGGCAAAAAAAAAACAGGACCUGUGAAAUAAUUGAGACCCUGGGUAUACGAUGGAAUCUCUUGGCUUCCUUAAAAGACAAGCACAGGUUUGAGGAUUUUCUUUGGGAUUCUUUUACGCACCUGAUGAGGGUGCCUGGUACUGGAGGUAUUUUAGUGGCCCGUGCAUUGACUUGUUUUAUAACUGCUACUGAUAUUGUCUUGCUUUUAAAUGUAUGCCUAACAUUGUAAUGUGAUGUUGAACACUUAGGUAUUUGGCAGGAAUCACAGUGUUCUGAUCUUAUAUGCUAUUGCAGGAGCUAAUAAAGCUGCAGCCUAUUUCUAUUCCAAAAAGUUGUGACUUGACAAUAACUUAAGAAGGAAAAUGAAUAGGCUUUUGAUUUGGAAAAUUUCCACCACUUACUGUGCUUUACAUGCUUAGAUGCAUUGCCUUAAGUUUUCUGCAGCAUCUUUGAAGGUAUGAUUCUCACCAGUAUGCAUCAGAUUACUUUUCAUAUAAAUUUCCAUUGUCAAAAGAAAUCCUUUUGUAUGCAAUAAAUAAAAUGUUAGACCGGUA